GGCAUUACUAAUAUAUUUUCAUAAUUUGUGUUCACUUUCCUUCUAAUUUCCUCUAGAAUUUUCUUUUUUGCGAUCUCUUUUUGAGAAUAACAAAUUUCUUAAUUGUAUGCAAUAACUACCGUAUAAAUUACGUACCAUAUUAUAUCUGCGUCUUUCACCAAUUAUUUGGUGAUAUAUACCAAAAUAAAUUGUGUUUUAUUUGCUCCAUUGAUGGAAUUUUGACUUUGCCUUUUAAGCAACCACCCUUUCUCUAUCCCCCUCCACUUCUUAGUUGCCUCCCUCUUCUUCUUCUACACAACAUAUGAAUGUUCAGAGAAAGGGACAGGUUUGAAAAGGAAGAAAUAGGAAAAAGGAUAAAGAGAGAAAUCGAUGCUUCAAAAUCAAUGGUGGCAAGUAAUAGUUGUUAUGAUAAUAACAACAAUAACAAUAAUCAUCAGAUAGUAGGAAGGAGAUCGCACAUGAUGGGUGUAGGUCCUCCUCCUCAUCUAGGUACAACUUUGAACACCAUCACCCCUUGUGCUGCCUGCAAGCUUCUCCGGCGACGAUGCGCCGAGGAAUGUCCUUUCUCCCCCUAUUUCUCCCCUCAUGAACCCCAAAAGUUCGCUGCCGUUCACAAAGUCUUUGGUGCUAGCAACGUCUCCAAGUUGCUCAUGGAAGUUCCGGAUAAUCAAAGGGCAGACGCGGCCAAUAGUCUAGUAUACGAAGCGAACGUGAGGUUAAGAGAUCCAGUAUACGGGUGCAUGGGUGCAAUAUCAGCUUUACAGCAACAAGUCCAAACAUUACAAGCGGAACUUAAUGCAGUUAGGGCUGAAAUUUUGAAGUACAAAUAUAGAGAAGCAGCAAAUAACCUGAUUUCUGCAACUAAUAAUGCUACUAAUCAUCCUCAUCAUCAUCAUAAUCAUCAUAAUAAUAACAAUAAUUCUUUGGUUACUUCUGUUGCUGCCGCGGUUAUAGCUGCUAGUUUACCACAACAGGUACAAUCCCCUCCGCAUCAGCCUCAGUCUCAGCCUCAACGAGCAUCCACACCGCCUCCACCGGCUACUCCUCCUCCUCCGUCUUCAGCUUCAGUCGUGGUUUCGUCUUCACCCUCCGGUGGUGCAGCCUCCUUGUAUACACCACCACCACCACCUCCUGAUCAUUCUGUUACCAACACCGGGUUUAGUUCAAUAUCAACUAAUAAUCAUAGUAGUGUUCCAUAUUUUGAUUGAUACUUUUUUAUUCUCUUCUAAUUUUCAGUUUUUAUUUUUACCUUCACAAAACUGUAGUUUAGACUUAAAGACACUUUUUUUCUACUAUAACAUUGUCUGUUAGUAUUAGUUUAGAUUAAUUAAAUAAUUAAGGCAAAAUAGUACCGAUACUACCUUGAACAUUUGAGCCUACACAGUAUUUACAGCAUCUAUUUUAUUUUUAACCAUUAAUGGAAUCUUUGUUAAUUAGCCUUUUAAAAGAAGCAGCAAUAAUUGUUUAAUUAUCAA